AUUAUGAUUAUUUUGGCCAUAAAUAAUUAAAUUAAACUAUUAAAAUCUGAACCAACAUGUGAAAGCUCCCUACAUCAUUGAAAUUUGCGCAAGCGAGCGAGACUUGUAUGAGUCAGAAUCAGAAAACCAACUGAUUUUUCCAUUUCAGAAAAAAAAAUGGGUUGGGCAAUAGCUCUACACGGCGGCGCCGGCGACAUUCCAUAUUCACUUCCACCGGAACGCCGCCUACCUCGCGAAGAAACCCUCCGUCACUGCCUACAAAUCGGUGUCAAAGCUCUCAAAUCCAACAUGACUCCAUUAGAUGUCGUUGAACUUGUUGUUCGUGAGUUAGAGAACAUUCCACACUUCAAUGCUGGAAGAGGUUCUGUUCUCACCAACAAAGGGACCGUUGAAAUGGAAGCUUCUAUUAUGGAUGGUAACACUAUGAAAUGUGGUGCUGUUUCUGGUCUUAGCACUGUUGUUAAUGCAGUUUCUUUGGCUCGAUUGGUUAUGGAUCAUACUCCUCAUAUUUAUCUGGCAUUUGAUGGUGCUGAGGAAUUUGCUAGACAACAAGGGGUUGAGACUUUAGAUUCAAGCCAUUUCAUCACUCCAGAAAAUAUUGAAAGACUGAAUCAGGCAAAAGAUGCAAAUAGGGUCCAGAUUGAUUAUACUCAACCAAUCCAAAAGGAUACUAUAAAGAAUGAAACAGAAACAUCAUUGGCUAAUGGUGAUAGUCAAAUUGGAACUGUUGGAUGUGUAGCUGUUGACAGUAAUGGGAAUCUAGCUUCUGCAACAUCAACUGGUGGAUUGGUGAACAAAAUGGCUGGUCGAAUUGGUGACACGCCCGUCAUAGGUGCUGGAACAUAUGCCAAUGAAUUUUGUGCAGUUUCUGCAACAGGAAUAGGCGAAGCAAUAAUCCGCGCGACCGUAGCAAGAGAUGUGGCUGCGAUAAUGGAAUUCAAAGGCCUUUCUUUAAAGGAAGCUGCGGAUUGUGUUGUACAUGAGCGCACACUAAAAGGAGCUGUUGGUUUGGUUGCUGUAUCUGCUUCAGGUGAAGUUGCAAUGUCUUAUAAUACAACAGGUAUGUUUAGAGCAUGUGCUACUGAAGAUGGGUAUUCUGAAGUUGCAAUUUGGCCAAAUACCAAAGUUGAGUGAUUUAGAGAGUUUUCUGAUUUGCAAACUUAAUUUACUGUGACAUUUUUGUUGAUGAUUAAUGUAUUUGCUUGUUAUACAUCCCUGCUUUGCUAUUAUUUGUCAUAUAAAUGUUUAAUGUAUGCCCCUUAUUUUAGAAAUGUGUAUACAUACACGAAACUAUGGUAAUAGAAUUCUCCAUUUCUGAA